AAAAAGAGUUUAGAUAACUGAUAAAGCCUCCCCCACUUCCCCUCUUAUCCCUGAAGUCCCAAACUUCAGAGAGAGAAAACAGUGCCACUAACAAUGUCUCUCACAUCCUCUUUCAAUUCUCUUACUCUUUCAUCCCCUUUCCUCCAUGGCACAACCCCCAUUUCUCACUUGUCAAAGCCCACUUCUGUUUUUUCCUUGCAACCCCAGAAACCCUUCACUUCUGUCCCUCCAAUCAGAGCCAUGAGGUCAAUGCAAGGCAAAGUGGUUUGUGCUACAAAUGACAAAACAGUCUCGGUUGAGGUAACCCGGUUGGCUGCACAUCCAAUAUACAAGGGAAGGAUUAGAAAGAAGAAGAAGUUCCAGGCUCAUGACCCAGAGAACCAGUUCAAAGUUGGGGACAUUGUUCAACUCGAAAAAAGCAGACCCAUUAGCAAGACUAAGGCUUUUAUUGCUAUUCCAGUACCUGCUAGGAAUAAGAAGGAAAAUAAAGAGAAUCAAGAAGUGAAGGUGCCUCAGGAGCUCGGAAUUCCUUUGGAGUCUCAACAGCCAGCUUAAUUUGAGGUUUAUGGUUAUGUAAUUGUGCUUCUUUUGUGAAUUUUGUGAUGUAUUUUGAUUUCUGGCACUAAUGUUAUUUGGUUUUUAGUGUAAUUUAAUGCUCUUAAAAUUGAAUUUUUAAAUAUGAUUGUUCUAGUUUUAUUAUCAA